AUGCAGCUCACUUCUACCCUCCUUCUCCCAUUGCUGGCUGUUCCAGCGUUUGCUGUCCCAACUUUCUCCUGGCCGCCCUGGCCCUUCAACAACCAUGGUGGAUGCCUUUCGCUGUCCACCGCCGAGACGAUCGUCGGCUACUACGCAGCCGUGAUCGCGCACAACAGCACAUCGUUGGGCAAUGCCACGCAGACCGCCUACGCCAUCACCGUCCCCAACUACACGGAGUACUCCGACUCUGCCAGCGAGCAGGUCGGCGCCCCACUCAAUGUGCCCAUCACUACAAGUCAAGCCGUCUUCGCCGCUGAGUCCCAGUCGAACCCCCCAGCCGACUUCACCACCCUCGGCGUCUACACGGUCGAAUGCAACAAGAUCCUCUGGCGCUGGGUCCAAUACGGCGACGGUGGCAAUGCCUCCGCGAUCCCCGUCAAGGGCUUCCAUCUCUUCGAACUCAACUACCAAAACCUCCUUGAGUUGACCUACUUUGAAUUCAACGGCUUGGCGGCUGCAAUUGACACUCACGAGUUUGGCUGCCAUUCUUGA